AACCAUUGCACGGGUUGUUUUUUCAGAACGUGGAGGAGCUAAGAUAUGUUUUAUCAUUUUGAAGAAGCAAGAUGAAUAGAAAAAAAGGGAGAUUUGUCAAGGCCCCCGGUCAGGCAGGAAGCAGUGAAUGCGGUUAGCUGAGCGGAACAAUAGAGGGGAAGCUGCGUUGCCCUUUUUUGUACUGUAUUCGCAGUGCGUAGUCCCUCAGACUACAGUGGAACCGGUUACCGAAGGACAAAAGCGAGAGUUAAGGAAGUCAGUGAGGCAUAUAGACAGGAAUUAAGGUAAAGCCGGGAGCUCAGGAGAAAACCUGCAGCAACAAAAGCAAACAUCUACCAUCCUUAGCACAAGUCGGCAGAGUAGUUCAGUCAUGCUGCCACUGUGAGCUCUCAGGAGAUUGCAUGGGACCCGCGAUGGCAGUUUUGGCAGGUGUGGAAUCAGAGACUGGACAAAAGGCAGGUGAAGGCAGGCUGUCCUGGCCAGUUUUCCUGCUGACGCUAGCUGCUAUCACCUCCUCUCUUUCAGCGUUGUCCCUGUACCAGCUGGUGGCACUCAGAGCUGAGGUGGAGGUGCUCAAAUCAGAGGUGUACCGCAGGAGAGAAGAGGGACAGGAGGCCAAGCACGGAGGCCAGGCUGAGGAUAUCAGUAUGAGGAGAAGCAGCCAAGAACCCCUGCACCAACCUGAGUCUCAACAUGCUGUCACGCUGAUAAGGAGGAGAAGAUCGAACUCUGGAACAGAGACAACAGUUUCUCAGCCGUGUCUGCAGUUGUUGGCAAACAAUAGCAGGAAAACCUUCAGGAAAGAAUUUACUGGGCCACACACAGGUAUCCCCUGGCAGACCGGACUGAGGAGGGGCUCUGCCCUGGAGGCUGACGGAGACAGCAUGUUAGUCAUGGAGGAGGGCUACUACUUUGUGUACAGUCAGGUCUACUACAUGGACACCACCUUUGCAAUGGGUCACGUGGUGAUCCGGAUGAAGAGGAACGUGGUGGGAGACGAGUCUCCAUAUGUGACCCUGUUCCGCUGCAUCCAGAAUAUGAACCCUGUCUACCCUUACAACACCUGCUACACAGGAGGUAUUGUGAAGCUGGAGGUCGGGGACCACUUGGAGCUACUGAUCCCUCGCUCCACAGCCAACGUGUCCCUGGACGGAGACUCCACCUUCCUGGGCGCUGUCAAACUGGCUUAAAGUGCAUCACCUCACUCUGGACCCCCAGGGACGCUUAUGUGGAACGAACUGUGCAGCGAGGCACAGUUCUUGUGACCUCGCCUGACUUUGGGUGUUCUGAGAAGAAUACAGGAAGCAGCCACUGCUGCCCCGACUGAAAGACUGACUGUGUUGCUUGUUCAGCCUGCGGGGACAUGAAGAGCACUAUGAGCUGAUGCCAUAGUCUUUGUUCUUAAGUAUACAUGCAUCUUAUAGCUACAGAUUGCAACCAUACAUCAAGACGAAAUAGUUUAACCACUGUCUGAAUGAAUUUUUUUCAUAUCCAAAUAAUCACAAACACACAAACACACGAUAAGGUCUGAGUUGUGAGAUAUGUGUUGCUUGUGUGAAAUCAUUCUUCUACUGUUUUAAUCAAUAGUCUUUCCUCCUGUAGCAGCAGCAGCAGCAGCAGCAGCGUUGCUGUGCCACUGAAACAGCUCUUCUCAUACGCUUCAUUGUUUUAGAUAUUUGAACAUCUCCACGAGUGGUCUGAUUUAUCAUCUGAAUGCCAUAAUUUGAUUUAAGAUGACCUAUAUAUGUCAAACUGAUUGAAAAUUCAGAUCCAAUAAAGUGACAGUUCUUAGAGAUGACAUCA